AUGAUGUCAGCUACAGAAAAGCAAAAUAAAACCUACAUUACGGAAUUCAUCCUCCUGGGAUUUGGCAACAUACUUCACCUUCAGGUUCCACCCUUCCUGCUCUUCCUGGUGAUCUACAUGGUGACAAUGAUGGGGAAUAUUCUCAUCUUUGUGUUGGUGCUGGAUAAUCAGCAUCUCCACACCCCAAUGUCCUUCUUCCUCAGUAACUUGUCCUGCUUGGAGACGUGCUAUAGCUCCAACAUCCUGCCCAAGCUGCUGGCCAGCUUCGUGACAGCUGACAGAAGUAUAUCCUACAGCAGCUGCAUGACACAGUUUUUCAUAUUUGCUUUUCUAGUUGGGGUAGAGUGUUAUCUCCUGGCAGCGAUGUCUUAUGACCAAUAUUUAUCAGUAUGCAAACAUUAUGGCCAUUUCUUCUGUGGUUUCACCCCUGUGAUCAAAUGUUCCUGCAGUGACACAUUUCUGAGAGAAGUUGUGACAUCUUUGACGUCUGCUACAUGUGCCCCGCUGCCCUUUCUUUUCACGGUGGUAUCCUAUGUUUUAACCAUCACGACCAUCCUGAGAAUCCCCUCAGCUACAGGGAGGGAAAAGACAUUUUCCACAUGCUCCUCUCACCUCAUUGUGGUCACUGUUUUCUAUUCAACUCUCAUCCUUUUCUGUAUGUUACCAAAAACUUAGAACCUUGCAGCUUUUAACAAGUUGUUCUCUGUCUUCUGCACUGUGGUGACACCCAUGGUGAAUCCACUUAUCUACGCCUUAAGAAACAAAGAAGUCAGAAGAGCCCUGGGGAAGGAAGUCCAGGAAUUUAUGUGUUUAUGUAAAUGA